GUAAGUUCCUGGUUCACAACCAUUUUCUCCAUUUUACAGAGGGAGGCAGAAGAAGAUUACAUGUAUGAGUUGACAGCAUAAUUCACUGGCAGAAUUCCAAAAAGAUGCUAUCAGUCCAAAAGAAAAUGAUUCUGGGGAGCCAUCUGUUCUCCAGCUGCAGAGAUGUUUCUCUAAAGUGCACUCAGCUGCGUCCUGCAUCGUGAAUGAAAGGCUUUCUGUACAUUUUUGCAAAAAAGAAAACCUAGGACUAUUCUGGAUAAGAAGUGACAUUAUCUGAGCAGCACUUGAAGCAAGAGAAAUACAUACUCUGAUGCAUUAUUUCAGUCUAAGGAAGUGGCCUGGCACGCACUCUGUCUCUCUCUCUCCGUGUGUUUUAAUCUAAUACAGCACAACUGUCGAAGCAAAUCUAUAAUGUACAUAUACAACAGAACAGUCUUAGGUCCUCAUGAAGAGCGAAUUGACUUUUUUAUGUUGAAAAUCUUUUUUUUUUUUUUGAGACGGAGUCUUGCUCUGUGCCCCAGGCUGGAGUGCAGUGGCGCGAUCUCGGCUCACUGCAAGCUCCGCCUCCUGGGUUCACGCCAUUCUCCUGCCUCAGCCUCCCGAGUAGCCGGGACUACAGGCGCCCGCCAACACGCCUGGCUAAUUUUUUGUAUUUUUAGUAGAGACGGGGUUUCACCGUGUUAGCCAGGAUGGUCUCGAUCUCCUGACCUCGUGAUCCGCCCGCCUCGGCCUCCCAAAGUGCUGGGAUUACAGGCUUGAGCCACCGCGCCCGGCGAAAAUCUUAAAUAUUGGUUAAGUUAGAGGUGAGAUUAAAAAGUGUAGGAAAAUCAGCUGGGCCCGGUGGCUAAUCCCAGCACUUUGGAAGGCCGAGGUGGGCGGCUCACCUGAGGCCAGGAGUUCUAGACCAGCCUGGCCAAUACAGUGAAAACCAGUCUCUACUAAAAAUAGAAAAAAUUAGCCGGGCGUGGGGGCAGGCGCCCGAAGUCCCAGCUACUUGGGAGGCUGAGGCAGGAGAAUCCUUUGAACCCGGGAGACGGAGGUUGCAGUGAGCCGAGAUCACACCAUUGCACUCCAGCCUGGGCAAGAGCAAAACCUUGUCAAAAAAAAAAAAAAAGGGUAUAGGAAAAUAAACUGUCAUCCAGUACAGCUGAAGAAAUCGAUACCUUAAUUUACAACUUCAGUUUCUCUGUCCAAAGGCAAUUCCAAGGCUCGAGCAAAUUCUUUUAUUGUGCUACGAUUUUGGCUAUUUUGAAUACAGCUUUUCAAAGACCACGUGGGAUUUGAGAGCCCUUGGUUUUCUAAGUGUUUUCUAUAAGCCUUGUUUUUAAAGGCCGCGUCCUAGCGAGUGCAGCUGCCGCUCCUUACCGGACCCACAAGUGAGGAGCCCCGAGGUCAUCACCGAGCGUGAACGCGGGAACGUCUGGGAAGGAAAUCUGAAGCCCUGCUCUGACGGUCAUAACAAAAGCCUUCGAGCCAACCGGCGUGUUCAAAUUCACCAGGGCCCUUCCCGCGCUCCCCUCCCCGGAAACUUGACCACCUAGCCCAGAAUGCCGCAGCAGCUUCCUCAGGGGACGCUGUCUCCCAUUUCAAACACCCAACCGAGAAAGAGCUCCGCAGCGCGCCUUCCGCCACGCCCAGGCCCGCAGGUCUCCGCUCAGGGCGGAAAAGAAUUCUUACCCCGCACUCCCAGCCAGGAGGAACGCCAGAGGCGCCGCCCCAUCCCUGCCGUUUCAUUGGCUCUGGUGACCGGCCCCCCGAAAGUCGGCUUUCUAUUGGCUGUCUUGGCUGCUGCUCUGCGCUUUUACCGGGGCACGCGGCGAGCGUGACCACGCCCCUUACGUCCGGACGCUCGGUCGCCUCCCGGGGCGUCGUAAUCGCCGCCCAGAGGGAAGGAGGUCGGCAGUGCGAGGAGCUGCUAUGGUGCUGAGUUUCCUGGUAGAGCCGGCCGAGCCGAGGCGGUCGCGGCCAUGAAGGUGGGGGAGUGGUGCUAAGGAUCAAGUAUACUGUUAAAAGAAAACAAAAACCCAAGCAUGAGGAAGGCGGGUGCCACGUCUAUGUGGGCUUCGUGCUGUGGGCUGCUGAAUGAAGUCAUGGGAACUGGAGCUGUCAGGGGCCAGCAGUCAGGAUUUGCAGGAGCCACCGGUCCAUUCAGAUUUACACCAAACCCUGAGUUUUCCACCUACCCACCAGCAGCUACGGAAGGGCCCAACAUAGUCUGUAAAGCCUGUGGACUUUCAUUUUCAGUCUUUAGAAAGAAGCAUGUUUGCUGUGACUGCAAGAAGGAUUUUUGCUCCGUUUGUUCAGUCUUACAAGAAAAUUUCCGUAGAUGUUCUACUUGUCACUUAUUACAAGAGACAGCAUUUCAGCGCCCUCAGUUAAUGCGACUGAAGGUGAAGGACCUGCGGCAGUAUCUCAUUCUGAGAAAUAUACCCAUAGAUACUUGUCGUGAGAAAGAAGACUUGGUGGAUCUAGUACUGUGCCAUCAUGGACUAGGCUCUGAGGACGACAUGGACACAAGCAGUCUGAAUUCUUCAAGGUCCCAGACUUCUAGCUUUUUUACACGUUCGUUUUUUUCAAACUAUACAGCCCCCUCUGCUACUAUGUCUUCGUUUCAGGGAGAGCUUAUGGAUGGAGACCAGACAUCCAGAUCUGGAAUGCUGGCACAGGUACAAAGUGAAAUCACUUCAGCAAACACAGAAGAUGAUGAUGACGACGAUGAUGAGGAUGAUGAUGACGAAGAAGAAAACGCGGAGGAUCAGAACCCCGGGCUCUCCAAGGAGAGAGUGAGAGCUUCGCUGUCUGACUUGUCAAGCCUUGAUGAUGUGGAAGGGAUGAGCGUGCGCCAGCUGAAGGAAAUUCUGGCUCGGAAUUUUGUCAACUAUUCUGGCUGUUGUGAAAAAUGGGAACUGGUAGAGAAAGUAAACCGGUUAUACAAAGAGAAUGAAGAAAACCAAAAGUCCUAUGGCGAGCGGCUGCAGCUGCAGGAUGAGGAAGACGACAGCCUGUGUCGCAUCUGCAUGGAUGCCGUCAUCGACUGUGUCCUACUGGAGUGUGGGCACAUGGUUACCUGCACCAAGUGCGGCAAGCGCAUGAGUGAGUGUCCCAUCUGCCGGCAGUAUGUGGUGCGAGCCGUGCACGUGUUCAAGUCCUGAAACAGGCUCCCCUCACCAGGACAGUCACCCCCAAACUUGACCCCAAACAUUUCAGUGCACAGAAGGGACUAGAAACUUACUGUUCAAAGGCUGAAGCUAUGUUUAAACAUUAUUUUCACUACUAAGGGGACAGAAAGAUCCAUCCUGAGUUGUGGAAACAUUGGUCCAUGCCAUGAGCCUGUCUGCCUGUCGACACGUGAGCUUCCCAGGCUCAGCUGGGCUUUCUCACGCAUCCCGUGAACACUCAUUGAAGUCAGCCUGUUUGCACCAUGUGGGCAUCAGCCACUGCUGUCUUGGGAGGACACUUAUCCUGUUCUCUUAUUUCCCCUUCAUCCUAUUUUUAACUUAAACUGCUCAGAUGUUUGAAACUUCUGUCCUCUUUGGAUGAGAUCAGUGUCCACAAGUGGCCGACAUGGAACAUGCCAAGCAGUGGCUCCUCUGAACGUUCACUUUAUUAGUCAUGUAUAUUUUAAAUGCUAACAUUUGAUGAAUGUAAGUUUCCACAUUGUUGCUGUUUCUGCAUUUAAACAUAAUUGGGAACAACUGACAUUCUCUAGUCGACUGCCAGGGCCUUAGACUCCACAUGUCCAUUUUUGUUCAGGUAUAGCUUUUUAUAGCAAGGGCUGCAUCUAGCUUCUUUUAUUAGAAGUGUGUGUGCUAAAUUCCUUAUUAAUGUGUAAUCAGUUUACACUGUUUUGUAUAGUGAAGGUGUAUUUUCAGUGCUACCCGCUAGCUGAUUUUAACUUUAGGAAUAAAAUUAGUUUUAACAGC